UGCCGCUUGACUUUGCACAUAGUUGAUAUCAUGCCACCGAAGAAAGGUAAGAGCAAAAACCCCGUCAAAAAGCCGAAAAAGGUCGAAAACUUAACACCGAAAGAAGCCAUUCUUGAUUAUCAAAUAGGUAAUCUCCGGGAUGUGCUUUCUAGGCUGAAGUUUAAGAGAGAAACACUUAAAAAUAUUCUUAUGGAGAAGUUGCAGAUUCUCAACACACUUAAACUGGAAGGCGAAAAAAUGCUCAAAGAUACUUUAUUGAAAGUUUCAAAAGUUUCAACAUCUGAUGACACUACUGUGUCAGGUGAUGACGUGAAAAAUUACUUGCUUGAAACGUGGAAGAUAAGAGAUUUGGAGGAAAAUGAAGUCAACAAAAUUCAAGAUGAAAUCAAAUUAACACAGAAUCUUACAAAAGAUGUUGUUUUGGAACUCAAAAAGUGGCAAACGUAUUCUGAUGUGACGAAGAAAUCAAAUGAACUACGUAUCCAAAUGUUAGAAACAGAGUAUACUAAUAUGAAGCAACGUUUCGAAUCAAUGGUAGGAUAUUUGACCGAAGAGGAAAAUCGGAGUUAUUUGAAUGUUCAAACAAAUAUUGAGUGUUCUUCGGAGCAUAUUAGAAACUCGGCAAUUGAAAAUGCUAUCGACACAUUAAAUAAAUUAUUUUCGCAACAAAUGCUUCAAAACAAAUGGUUGAAAAUCGAAAAAGAAUCACUUGAUGAACAGAUGGAACGCAUCAUGAAUGAAGUUGGAAACCUUCAGAGAGAAAACAUAGCUGCUGAAGAAGACAUUUUCCACGUUAACUUCACACACAUGUUGAUACCUUUAUCUUUUUGCGACAUUCAGGUUACUGAUGCAGAUGAUUUACAUAAAAGUACUAUUCUCGACCUAAAACUAGACCAGGAUGUGUUUGGUAUUGAAAGUCAUACAGCCUUGAAAAACUUUGAAAAUAAAAAGUACCAAAAUAGAAGACACCUAAAUACUAUAAACGAAAGACUGCUUAAUUUUAUCUGUAAUCCUGAUCUAAAGAUUCUUCAUAGAUUAAGCGAAGAUGAGACAUCAAAUCAAACUGCUGAAUCAGAAAGCCUUAUAGCCUUUGGACCACUUGGGAAAAAAGUAUGCUUCCUCCAAGGUCUUUCCUCUAAGAUCGAUCAACAGAGUAACUCAUGUUCAGCUGAGCUUCAAGCCCAACUCAAGUUCAACCCAGAACUCAGCAAUUGGCCUGUGAAUAGAGACAUGUUCCUCAAAUAUCUAUCAGAUCACAAAUGAAAUAGUAAUAUAAACAUUGUGGUAGAAUGUCAUGAUCUCCUAAGUAAAAUGGCAAGUAGUCAUCACUCUAGGUGAAUGGAUAUUGUUCAAAUGUCAUAUCGGCAUAAUCAGUUUACCCAUAGUCUGUUGGAGCGUAAAUCAGCAUUACUGUAUAUAAUGCACUGUAAAAACAUUUCAAAUAUGUGGACCACAUCGCAACCUUUGGAUACAAACUGUCUUGUUUACUUCAUUUCUGUUUAUAACUUUUCUUUUUGUCUUCAUGCAAAUUUUUUGUUACUCCUUGGCAUUACCCGCACUAAAUAAAAGCUUAACAUAGGACCACCAAGACAAUUCUCACAGGCUUGUGUAUACUAGUACUAAAAUUGUAAUUUGAGUUUGUGUCGCAUUCCUUCACAUGUUCAUUUAUGUGCACCUUCCAUCUGAAGCUAAACAUUUUAUAACAUUAAUUACCUAGCCACCGUUUUAGCUUUUAGCAUUCAUGAAUUUUGUUUAAUUGUGUUCGUAACUUUACUCUUUCAACACCCAUUCUAGAACUUGCUUAUAUGUGAGCACAGGUACACUCUUAUAAGAUGACAUCAGUCCUUUUUAAAUCAGCUUUAACUAAUCCGAAACUUGAAAUAAAUUUUCAAUGACCC